UUAUGGACAGAACUAAUCUACUUUAUCUUAUUAUUAUCCAAUAGUAAUAGGAAUAAUUAAGGAGAGUUAUUAUCUUUUAUAUGCAGGAAUGUAAGUACAAAAAAGAGGCCCAAAAGUUGAAAGAGGAAUUUUUGUGGGUUGUGGCAGAAAUAGAGAAUCCAUUGGCCAAAUUAGAGCUUAUAGAUAGCAUUAACAAAAUGGCUCUCUCUCAUCUCUUUGACAAGGAAAUCAUGGUGUUUCUACAAAACAUGGAAAAGCUCAAGGAUUCUGAUAAUGAAAUGGAUCUCUAUUCAACUGCUUUAUAUUUUAGGAUUUUUAGGCAGUAUGGCUAUAAUGUGACACAAGAUGUAUUCCUUAGCUAUAUGGAUGAAAUGGGUGAAAAAAUCAAUGUAGACACAAACAUGGAUCCAAAAACAAUGAUGCAACUAUUUGAAGCUUCUCACUUGGCCUUGAAGGAUGAAAAUAUGUUGGAUGAGGCUAGAAUAUUUUGCACUAACAAUUUGAAAAAUAUUAUUCCAAUGGAAAUGCCACUGCAUUGGAAGGUGGAAUGGUACAACACUAGAGAGCAUAUCUCCAAACAGGCAAACGAAAAAGAAGAAGGAGUGUCAAAAUUGAAGCUUCUUCAACUAGCUAAACUCAACUUCAAUAUGGUUCAAGCUGAGCAUCAGAAAGAUCUUGUCCAUAUUUUGAGGUAGAGUUUAAGUUUUAUGCGUCGAUAAUCAUUAAUUGAUCAUCUAUCUUUAUAAAGAAUAGUAGCAAUAGUUAACCUGCUAUCAUGCACAUGUUCUUGAACCCGUGUUUUCAUAUGAUCACAUGGAAGCAGCUUUUAUCACUUCCCUACUCCAAAACUUCCCUUCAAUAAAUAUAAAUUGCAUCCAACUGUGUUUAAAUUAAAUUCUCGAGAAAAGUAAUACACUCUGUUACUGUUGGGA